AUGGCGAUGAUCGGGAUUCAAGUGUGUUACGCAGGAGUGACUCUAUCCGCAAGAGCUACUAUGGUUCAUGGAUUAAGCCCUCGAGUUUUUAUCCUCUAUAGGCAAGCCUUUGCAACCAUUUUCAUCUUCCCAUUUCUCUACUUCUCAAGGAAAAAAUCGAAGAUAGCUUCUUUAGAUCUAAAAAGCUUUUCUUUAAUAUUCUUGGUCUCGCUUAUAGGCAUUACAAUCAAUCAAAAUCUGUAUCUUGAAGGUCUUUAUUUAUCUUCAUCGUCGAUGGGAAGUGCCGUGGGUAACGUCAUCCCUGCAGUCACCUUCCUUAUCUCAUUUCUUGCCGGAUAUGAGAAAGUAAAUCUCCGGGAUUUAAGAGGCUUAGCGAAGAUAGCAGGGACAAUCUUCUGUGUAGCAGGAGCGACCUCCAUGACUCUGCUUUGGGGACCAAAGCUUCUCAACUCGGAAUUCGCUUUACCGAUUGCGAAAUCGUUACUAGAAGAUUUAAAAGAUCAGAACACGUGGGUGUUAGGUUGUUUUUUCAUGUUCUCUAGCACUCUUUGCUGGUCCUUUUGGCUUAUACUUCAGGUUCCAAUCACUGUCUAUUACCCAGAUCACCUCUCUUUAGCAGCAUGGAUGUGUUUAUUCGGCACGAUACAAUGUGCAGUCGUCACUUUCUUCCUUGAGAAGGAUCCAAGCGCUUGGAUUCUCCAUUCCUACUCCGAGCUUGCGGCUUGUCUCUAUGCAGGACUUGGGUCUUCCGCGCUUGCGUUUACAGUCCAAGCUUGGGCUAUAUCGAAGAGAGGGCCUGUGUUCUCUGCAAUGUUUAAUCCUCUCUGUACAGUCAUUGUCACAAUCUUGGCUGCUCUGUUCUUCAAAGAAGAGAUUUACACAGGAAGGUAA